CUCUCUCUCUCUCACUUCCAGAGUAAAACCUUGUCUCUGUGGCAGCUCACAGGAGGGACACAAACCAGACGUUUUGGAGAGACAAAACAGGGAAGGAGAAAGAAGAAACGUUUCUCACAGGUAUGUAACGGCAGCUCACAGAUAGACUGAGUGGGUUUAGAGGAAACAGAUGACUCAGAUUUAUGCUUUCUACUCCUAAAACCAGUCAUUCUGGAUAAUGAGAGCUGUGAGUGUGAGUUUACCUCUGUAAAGUGAGAGUUAACACACCCACAAAGUUGACUUUAAGUGCGGUUACGCUUUGAUAAAACAUUUUCCAGAUCAGAAGGAUGAAGUGUUGUGUCUGUUUUUGAGGAUUUUCUGAAUUGUCUUGAAAGAUCAACAAAGUGUGAGGUCAGCGAUGUUUCUUCAUGUCACAAUAGUCCUCUCAAAUAGUGUUAUGAAACAUUUAAUCACACCAGUAAACUGAAGAAGUCUUUACACACAUCCUCUCUUCCUGUCAGGCCGUAGGUGGUGUUGUACAGUCAUGGCAUCAGCAGCUCCACCAAAAAGGAUGGUGUCCUCUGUCUUCAUCACCCUGGCAGCUCCUCAUCGAGCCACUUUAACGCAGCAGAAGCCUGCCCUCCAAGCCCAAAGCGCCCCGGCCAAAGAGAAGCAGCAAACAGCUGUACGAGUCAGCCCGAGUGACUGCAUCCCUGCUAUCAGACUCAGGAGAGACUCGCCAUCUGAGUCCAACAGCAGAGCAGAUGACAGAGGCCUGGCUCCUGCUGGGGCCUCAGCCCAAGUCUCAGCCCCUCAAAGCUCAAGACCGUCUCAAACUGGACCCAACAGAGCGAAGCUGCAAGAAAGAAGUGGGAAUGCUGCAGGUAUUCAUGACAGAAAUGUCCUCUUCAACUUUAAGAAAUCUAUGUUUUAAUCACAUGCAGAGUAGUUAAGGUUACUACUUUUAUUUUGCCUUCUUUAGAUAUAAAGUGGGUGUUUUAUAUAGAUGCAGUUUAAAAGAGGAGUUUAACCAAUUACACAUAUUAACAGUGUUUUUCAUUUUCAGGGAGUUUUGCAAACUUUUCAGAAAUUACCUUUAUUGCAUUCAUCAGAGUUAUAGUAAAGAGCUGCACUGUGAGCUUGUGUAGAGAAAAACAUGACCGACUUAGAAAACCAGACAUCUUCAUCUCUGUGGCGUACACCAAGGGACUUUAAUGGCCAUGCUAGGUACUGCUACGUAAAUAUAGGUGCAACCUUUGAAAAGGAGAUUAUGAGGAGCAGACAGAUGUGAGCUGACGUUGGCUUCAUAAAUCUAUACAUAUCCUUAUCUGAGAAUGAAUUUGAAUCGUCCACUGUGAGCCUGAUAGUUUUACACUCAUUGGUGUUGGAGCGUCUCAUAAACCGUCUCUCACUCUCCUUUAAGUUUUGUACUUUAUCAGGCUGGAAACACAAGAAUAUUAUCAAUGCAAGACAGUUCCUACCAACCCAUAAACUUCAACUUGUUCAUUUAUCAAAAAUUUGUGAUGACUGUUUUCCAUCUAACUGAAAAGUGAAAUUACUUUAUUACACAGAUCUCUCCCCUCCUCUUCCUCCUCCUCCUCCUGCUGCUGCUGCACUCCCUUCAUGUGUGGGAAUAUCGCUCCCUGAAGACUCAGCUCUCCCACCACCUCCUCCUGAUCAGACGCCUCUUAUCCACCCUCUGACCCAAGGCCAGCGCUCACCUAAAAACAAAACGGUACACUCUCUCAUAAAGACCGGACGUUGUUCCCUUUAUUGAUGGAUUUCAACAGAUUUUACAGAGAGUGGUUUACGCUGUGCGGAGGGUUGUACAGAUCGUUUACAAAGUUCAUCAUGGGGCAGAAAAAGCUGUCCUUUAGAUAUGAUAAAUGAUCAAGACUGUUCAUCUUUGUCCCUCAGAAAUAGAGCACCUUUGUUCAUGUCUGCUGAUGUCUUUGUGAGAAUCAUUUACUAUACUGCCUCAUCUCUGUGGAAACCAUCAAAGUGCUCUUCAGGACGGAGGGCUGAGUUACACCAGGACUUACCUUCAACCUCUAAACCAGAUGUAGAAAUCAGAGAUGCACUUUUUUGAAAUUGAUGUAAGACUUUAGGGGGUUUUGUUUUCAAUAGAGGUAAUUCAGCGACUGUGAAAGUUGGCAUGAAACUGACGUACAGUUUGAAAUACCUCUACAGCACGUAAUCGGGCUGAUCUCCAGCAAAUAAUUAGAAAAAAUUCUUGAACCUUAACCAGCAUGUGUGUCUGAAUUUUGUGCUUUUUCAGUAAGCUGUACGCAGAAGUAUGUUGGUAUACACAGCUGAUUGCAAAAUUGAACAUGAGUAUGAAUUUGUAUGAUUCUGCUGAAUGAUCCUGAUGUGUAUUACACUACCACUCUUUCUCCUCUUCUUUACAUUCACUCAAAAUGUGUUCUUAACCUUUUAGGUAGAAACUCGCACACCAUCUAGUGGGUUGAAUAAAGAUGAACAAUCCCAGACGAUCCCAAAAAAUGGUCAAGACACGUGUAGUGUGAGUAAAGGUAACAUGAUCUCUCUUUACGCAUUCAGCGCACAACUUAGAGCCACUGGGCUUUGACAAAACACACACGAUCACCUGCUCUGACAUCUUGUGUUUGUGUUCAACUCAGAGGUGUGUGGCUUCUGUCGGAAACCUGUGGCUCUCUCUGAACCUGCGAUAGAGGCUCUAAAUAGGACGUACCACGAAGGUUGCUUCCAGUGUAGAUCCUGUCACAGCCCUCUGGCGGGUAAACAUUACUACAACAAGGCAGGAAUCCCCCUCUGUGAAGAGUGCUACCAGGUACAGUCAACACAGCAUCCAGUGUUGGAUAAUGACAUGCCAGGUUACUAAAAACAUAUGUGCUUUUCAUUACUGUUUACUGAGGGAGAUAAAAUGUUUUCUAGACUAUCUGUGUUCCUUUAAUUUAUGCAGCAUGCACAUGGACUUGCAGAGUCUCAAAACCACCUUAAAAUCCACACUUUGUCUCUUGCUUUAUGUUUUGUAGUAGCACUGUUUAAUUGCAAAGUCAGUGCAAAACAUUAAAUAACUGAUAGUAAUAAGAGAUUACUACUAUAAAAGAUUUUUUCUUUUCAUCACAGUGUCGAGUGUCUAACAGUUUACAUUUUUUCAAGAAUAACUCAAAAACAAGAGGAAAAGAGAGAGAAAACACUUACUUGGUAACAACAAUUCAGUUUUAAUUUAGGUAAUGGCUAUUUACAUCAUAUUCAGGGUAUUAAUAAGCCUUUAAGACAGUGGGUUCAACUUUUGAAAAUGCAUGUUUUGUCUUUUGAUAAGGAAAGGUUCGUUUGAUGAAAAAAAAAAAUAUUGCCUAACUUAAGUUGACUGAAUUUUUGUUGUGUUGGUAAGGGUUUUUGUUGGUUCCUCUUGUACCGAGUCGUGUUUUAGAAAAUUCUCAUGAAUACCACUUAUUUUGCAAAAUUAAAAAGAGAAAAUAAUUUUUAUAUUGGAUUUGUUUCUCCUAGGCCAGUCUUGAGCUGUGCUGGGCCUGUGGGGAGUCCAUCACUGACAAUGUGAUCCGAGCUCUGGAACGAGUGUACCAUCUCUCCUGUUUCACCUGUGCAACCUGUAAACAGCAAAUUGGGGAGCAGCCCUUUGCUCAAGGAGAAGUUGGAGAGGUUUAUUGCCUUCCAGACUACUACAGGUAAAUCCCACAUGUCCUAUAUUAAAGGGAUAUUGUGGUGUAAAAUAAAUUUAUGGUCAAACACACCAUAACACCGAGUUAGACGCCCCCUCAAGAAAUGAAUGUUGCAGACCGCUUGUUUUUCUAGUAAAUACCAACUUUAGCAAUACACAGUGGUCUGAGGAGCCACACACAAACCUCAACCAAAACGCCACUCUAUAGACACAAAUAAUGCUCAGAACAGCACCUAACUUCAUCAACAGGACAUAUAGGGUCACAGACAAAGUACUAGACACCAAACAUCUUUUUAACUUUGCCUGAUUUCUUUAGCAAAGAGACUAAACACAACUCACCUACUCUCUUCCAGCAGCCGCUUGUUUGUAGCGAGACCUGAGGCCAGUCCAUUACAGACUACAGCGGGGUGACGCAGCUCAAGGAAGAACAUUUAUGAUCAUUACUUUGGCAUUUCCUUUUAGUAAUAAUCACCAUAUUUGCGGUAGUCCUUCUGUCUUAGCAUCUCGGUCUGAUUGUAUUUCCAUGAAGAACGACUGCUGUGUAUUGCUAUCGUGGGGUCAUUAAUAAAGUUGGUAUAACUAGAGAAGCAAGUGGUCGGCAACAUUCAUCUCUCGAGGGGGUUCCUAACUCAGUGUUGCAGUGCGUUUGACCCUAAGUUAUUUUUACGCCGGAAUAUCCCUUUAAGACAAUGUGUCAAAUGUUUAAAGGCGCUAUACAAGUGAAGUUGUAAUAUUUCCUGUCCUUCUCAUUGAUUUCCACAAAGAAAGUACGCUCCACAGUGUAAUGCCUGCAACCAGCUAAUCAUUCCAAAAGAGGAUGGUACUGACAGCUACAAUGUUGAAUGUCUGGGACACUCUUACCAUGAAAACUGCUACAGAUGUGAGGUGGGUGUCCUCUCAGCAAACAGUGAUUUAACCCAAACAAUUAAAAACACAGUUGUAUUCCUAAGUAAAUGUGUCUGUCAUACCUUGUGCAGGUGUGUGUCAUCCAGCUCUCUCCUGAACCCAAUGAGCACGGCUGCUAUCCUCUGGAGGGGAAGAUGCUCUGUAAAACCUGUCAUCUGAACUUGGUCUCAGGGCAACACUAACACUGGCCUCUGCAACUGGGAUAAAAUGCAACAAAGGGAAAGAGUGUACUAGUGACUCUUGAAUACAAACGUCUCAUCACAGUCAUAAUCCUGUAGAAAGAAAAUAUCACAAGGCUAUAUUUUGACAAUAUAUCAUGCUUUCUUAAGUUCCUCCUUUUUACUUUUAUACUUGAUUAUUUUGCACUUAAUAAACUCUACCAAAUGUACCAAACAUAUUUAUGUAACAUGAAUGUACUGUACAUCAAGCAUUAUUUGAACUUUUUACAUCUCAAUCUGUUUUUCAAUCACUUAAAUCAUAAAAAAUCUUAAAACAAAAAAAGCUUGUAUAAAGGUUAGUAAGUAUAUAUUAUGAACCUAUUUAUUAGCCUAUCCUGAUAGGCUCAAACUAUUAAACUUCCACAAAGACAAAGUGUUAUAAUGUGAAAAAAUACUGUAAGCAACCCUGUUCAGCACAGUAUUUUUCUACAUUUUCCUUAUAGCAUGAAAGGCUUAAAAGAGACAGCUGCAUAGUUUUUGAUGGAUUGAUGGGCUGAAUGAAAUUACUCCUCAGGAAGAAUUCAUUCACCUGCUUAGAUAAAACAGGCAGGAAAAAAACUUAGCAUUACCGAUCCGGCCCAUUUACUGAACUGCAAAUGAUACUUCAGACUGAACAUUUGUGAUGAAACAUUAAAGAUCAAAGUUGAAAACAAAGAUUACAGAAUACUAAAAAAGGGAUAUUAAACCCUUAAAAGCAUCUAUGCUGAACCAAAACACAAAGGUGAUUAUUAUGUGACUAUGGUCACAAUUAGAGAUAGAUUGAUUGAUUGGCCUUCUGUGUCAUAUCAGCACUGGCCCUCAAGGCCAGUAUUUUUCCUAAAUUCAUUUAAAAUCUUAAUGAUAUUUAAUUUGAAUGUGCAUGAAAUAAUGGAUUUGUUCAUGACCUGUUAACAUUUUCAUUAUAGUAUUUACCUUGGAUUUUAGUUCUUUUUUAAAAUAAUUUAAGAUGGCUGGAUAAAAUUGUGGCAAUAUUUUACGGAGCAAAAUUAUUUUCCAUCUACAGUUACUUAAUAAAAUGUUCAUUAAUA